AUGGCUGAUAUGACGGGCACGAAGCCACGUCCGCAGUGGUCCAAUGUUUGCCCGGCACAUGAAUCAGGCACCGUGGUGGGGCGUCGCUCAGGCCCGUGCGCAGAUGACGGGCUUGAGAGGGCUGGCGCAGCUGGUGGGGAUGUCGAUGACUACCCGUUCGAGGUUCCUGCAGACGAGCGGCAGCAGCGCGCAGUCCACUAG